CGCUGGGCGGAGUUUCAUACCGAACGAGACGCUCCUUUUGUCGGAUCCGUUUCGACUUGACUCCCCGGGGUUUACGGCUAAAAAAAAUCGACGCAUAUUAUACUUAAUAAACAUUAACUGCACAUAAGUCGAACGGCAUAUCGAUUGCAAAGAGGAUCUGGCAAUAAGUGUUGUAAAAAAAGGUUUGAGGGUUUGUAUUCCUGCAGGUCGGGUCAGAGCCACCUUGACUGUGUAGUCAUGAAUGGCAGCAGCAGCGUGGCUGGCACCCAGACUGGGCGAAUCAAACUAGAACCAGAUGGUGAUGUGUGGAGUAAGGAGGACUGUCUGACACUGCUAGAGAGGAUCAGGAGUCUGUUGCCUGAUGCAGACUCUUUGAAAUACAAGACCACAGAGUCUCAUUUUGACUGGGAGAAAGUGGGCUUUGGAAACUUUACCGGGGAUAUGUGUAAGCAGAAAUGGCAGAAGGUUUCCACAGAGGUUCGGAAGUACAGGACAAUGACGGAGCUCAUUGUCGACGCAAUAGAGUAUGUGAAGAACCCGUAUAAAGGAAAGAAACUAAAGACACAUCCAGACUUCCCGAAGAAGCCCCUCACACCCUACUUUCGUUUCUUUAUGGAGAAAAGAGCCAAGUAUGCAAAAAUCCAUCCAGAGAUGAGCAACCUGGAUCUAACGAAGAUCCUCUCCAAAAAAUACAAAGAGCUCCCCGAAAAGAAAAAGCUUAAAUACAUUCAGGAAUUCCAGAGGGAGAAGGAGUCCUUUGAGAAAAACAUGGCACGGUUCAAAGAAGACCAUCCCGAGCUGAUAGAAGAACGGAAGAAGUCAGACCUCCCAGAGAAGCCCAAAACCCCUCAGCAGCUGUGGUACAACCAUGAAAAGAAAACCUUUAUGAAGCUUCACCCAGAGGUAAGCCAAAAGGAACUGAAAGAAGCUUUACGGCGUCAGUGGUCUCAGCUCUCGGACAAAAAGCGACUGAAAUGGAUCAGCAAAGCACUGGAGCUGCAGAAGAACUACGAGGACAGCAUGAGGGCGUACCACGAAGCACACCCCGACGCAAACUCCGAAGAACACGUCAAGUCCGUCCUGACCAAAGCCGAGCGGCAGCUCAAGGACAAAUUUGAUGGACGGCCCACUAAACCACCACCGAAUGGAUAUUCUUUAUACUGCGCCGAGCUGAUGGUAAACAUGAAGGACGUCCCGAGCACAGAGAGAAUGGUGCUGUGCAGCAAGCAGUGGAAAAUGAUGACCCAGAAAGAGAAGGAUAUGUACCAGAAGCGAUGUGAACAGAAAAAGAAGCAGUACGAGAUUGACCUCCAGAGGUUUCUUGAGACUCUACCCGAAGAGGAAAGGGAUCGAGUCCUGACGGAGGAGAAGCUGGGAGGCACCAAGCUGAGCAAUGUGGGGGCAGGCAGCCCUUUUGUCACUAAAUCCCCGUCAGCCAAGGACCGGGGUCGAGACUCUGAGUUAGACCAGUGGGUCCAUGGACUGCCAAAGGAAAAGAAAGACGGGAAGAAGAAGGCGCAACUUCCUGAGACGCCCAAAACGGCAGAGGAGAUGUGGCAACAGAGCGUGAUCGGUGACUACCUGGCCAAAUACAGGAAUGACAGGAAGAAAGCUCAGAGCACCAUGGAGGCUACUUGGAAGAGCAUGGAGAAGAAGGAGAAGAUCCCCUGGAUCAAGAAAGCAGCCGAGGACCAGAAGCGAUACGAGGUUCAGUACCGGACUGUGAGAGAGCUGGUCGAGAUGAGGACGGUGCCAUCAGGCCAAGGUCAGAGGAAGCCAAAGUUUGACGGAGAGCCCAAGAAACCUCCUGUGAGUGGCUAUCAGAUGUUUUCCCAGGAGCUGCUCACAAAUGGCGAGCUCAAUCACUUCAGCCUCAAAGAGCGCAUGGUGGAGAUCGGCAAGCGCUGGCACAAGCUCAGUCAGAGCCAGAAGGACAAGUACAAGAAGCAGGUGGAGGAGCAGCAACUUGAGUACAAAGCAGAGUUGGAUGCCUGGGUGAAGUCUCUCUCUCCUCAGGAGCGGGCCGUGUACAAAGAGUUCUCUUCUACAGUGAGUGUCUCAGUUCAGCCAUUUCAUUAUUAGUAUUUUACUCUGGCUUAUUAACAUCUUCCAUAUUGUGCAACUUGUUGUGGGUCAUUUUAGAAGCCAUGCUGAUUUAGUCCUCAGGGAGCCCCAUUCCGUCCACGUCUCACUUCAGCUCCGUCUUUUACAAAUGCAGCAUCUAAUCUGCAAACCCUCAGCAACAGUGUGGUUCAUUACACCCACUGCAGGAAACAUAACAUGUAUUUUGGCUUGUAAAAUGAUGUUCUACAUGCUUGGAUAAUUUUGUGACUUUGCACAUCUGUAAAAGAUUCAUGCACCUUUUUCCUUAUCUAUAUUUCUGACCAAUUUUUUCCCUCCAUGGUCUUACACAUCUCUCAGACAUUUAUUUUUGUGUUUGGUUUGUUUGUUAUAUGUUAGUUUUAAAAAAAAAUCAGCUCCGCUAUUGAUUCAGAUUUGAGAAAUGAAUGAAUUAAUAGGAAUGAAAGUGCCACACCUGUGCCACCAUUACCAUUCCCCGGCCCCUGUUUCCUAGCUCAGGUGUGUUCGGAGUUGAAACACAAUAAACAUGCGGAUUACUCAGGGGUCCCUGAGGACUGAAUGUGUUGGCUAUACACGUUUUAAAAAUGUGCAUGGAUUUCAGUGCAAUGCAUGGCAAAUUAUUUUUGCUGCUAGCAGCUUAGUGUUGUAUAAGACUAAGAAUAGACUGUUUUGUAGAAUUGUAAUCUUAUAAAUAGCUAUUAACUUUUUUUUAAAAUCAGUACUAUGUAUACUUGUGAGCUGGAACUAACCUGACUUGAGACAGUAAUGGUUCUAUGGGCUGCUUUGCAGAGCUACUAAUUGUUGCUUUGAGCUUGAACUAUUUUUUUUCUUGUUUUUUUUUUUUGUGUUUUUUUGUUUUUUGUUUUUUUUUUUCCCCCCAUGUUGCUCUCUUUCCUCGUCUUCCCCUCCCUCCCCCCUCCUCUCCCCUGUCUGUGUG